CAAGCGUCUGUAACAUGUCAAAACAGAAAGUUUUAUACAUUUGAAGUUUUUGCGUGAUUUAUAGGUAAUUUAGUAAUAUAUUUGCCGGAUCAGCAAGGAUUAUGUACAAGAAUUUUGUUAGCAAAUCUAAGAUGACAGAGGGUCUUCACACAGUCGAUGGUGUGCCUGUAGGCAUCGGAGACAGAUUAGAAUGUGAUGGUUGUCUUGCAACGAUCCGAUUCAUAGGGGAAGUUCCACCUACUAAAGGUGUAUGGCUAGGCGUGGAAUGGGAUGAUCCUGAGCGAGGAAAACACAAUGGCACACACGAAGGCCAUACUUUCUUCACUACCAGACACCCAAAGUCUGGCUCAUUUAUUAGACCAAAGAAGGCAAACUUUGGUGUAUCCUUCAUGUCGGCUGUUUGCGACAGGUAUGGAAGAAUAGAGGAUGAAAAUGCUGGUGUGAUUACAGAUGAUUUGUACGUGGUCGGGGGAAAAAAUCAGCAGACUGUGGUUGAAAUGGUCGGAGCGAGGAAAGUGAAUGACCUUCAGGGCAAACUUGAUGAACUGAAAGAAGUGGCUCUAAGAGGGAUGCUGGUUUAUGGAACUCUGGCUUCAGAUGACAUUUCUGUCCUCGUGCCUUCCAUUGUUGACCUUGACAUUUCACAAAACCUGCUAUCGUCAUGGCAACAGAUUUCAGAAAUUACAAAACAAUUAAGAAAGUUGAAGUCAUUAAAUGUUAGUGGCAAUGUUCUGGAGAUCCCAGACAGACCUGGGGAUCUGUUAGAGAACUUCUCCCACAUUACUGCCGUCUUCCUCAACAGAAUGGGAUAUGACUGGGCUGAAGUGCUCAAGUGUAGUGAGAUGUUCCCGCGCCUGGAGCAGCUACAUGUGUGUUUCAACGGUAUCAGCACCCUUUCUGUGCUGAAUGGUCACCUACAGAAUGUCCAACUGGUCAACCUGGAGUCCAACACUCUCCAGGAUUGGGAGCAGCUGUUGUAUCUCGGACAUCUGCCUCACUUACAUACCUUGAUAGUAUCUGACAACAAGAUACCGCGAGUGUUCUUUGAUAGCAAUGGAUCUUUUUCGACAGAACUCUUCCCGAAACUUAGAUGUCUGACAAUCAACAAUAACCUUGUCAAUGAGUGGGAAAGCAUAAAUGAGUUAAACAAGUUGGCCAGUCUAGAAGACCUCAGAAUCAAGUCCAACCCCUUGAUGGAAUCAGCCACAGAACAAACUGUUCGGCAGCUUCUCAUCGCUAAGCUGAAACAUCUUAAAAUGUGCAAUAGGACGGAGGUUGCGAAUGAUGAGAGAAAGGGAGCCGAGAUAGAUUACCUGAAGCGGUUUGGCCCGGAGUGGGUAAAAUCUGGGGGCCAUCAGGACCUUAAUGUUAGCAAGCCCUCCCAGGAGUUUGUAAAGCAGCACCCACGCUACGCUGAUCUUGUCAGUAUUUGGGGAGCUCCUGAGGAUUCAGAAAUGAAACAGCAGUCAGAAACACUAAAGAGCAGUCUUAUAGGUGUAAAGAUCAUCUGCCCUGACCUGGCGGACAGUAAAGUGCUGGAGAAGAAGCUCCCUUUGACCAUGACUGUGGGGAAACUGAAGGCCUUAAUCUUCAGGGUGUUCAAGAUUGACUCUGAUAUCAAACUUUUCUACAAAAGUCUCAAGAAUGCUGACCAGAAUUUGGAGUACGAGCUGGACAAUGACCAGAGCUUCCUAUCAUUCUUUGCUAUUGAACAAGGCGACACUAUUAUUGUCAAAUUAUGAGCGACCCUCAUUUGACUUGAACUCCUUUACACAUUUAGACAGUGUUUUAAGCUUCCUAAUAUGUAUGUUGUUGAUCAAGGGGAUACUCAUUGUCAAGUUAAAACAGACCUCUGAAAUGACAGCUGAAGGUUGCUGAGUUUAUAAUGAUCUGCCCAUGUUUAUUUGCUGCAUUCAUGAUUGCUUGUCCCCAUCAGAUAAGGUGUAUUUUUAUGCCAAAAGGAACACAAAUUGGUGAAUGCUUUUAUCAGUCACAUUGAAAUUUUCCUGAGAUAACUAUAGUUAUCUGUUAAUCUGUUCAAUCUCCAAAGAGUUAUAUCUAUGUUAAUAGCUGCCUAUACUUGAGAACGCGGCUAUAUCCACAUGAUUCUGACAAAAAAAAAUCAACCAAAGUUGCAGUAUGCUUACUUGACUACAUGAUCCUUAAAAUAUCCAUUUUCCAGUACUAAAUAAAGCACAUCAGAACGCACAGAAUGCACCAGAUUUCCACCAUUGUUUUCAAAAUUUUCCCAGGGGGCAUGCCUCUGGACCUUAUUACACAAUUAUGACCCCACAUGAAAAGAGGGCCCCUGAUAUAUGGCAUUGAACAAGGAAACAAACCACCAAAGUUUUCAAUAUUGUCUUAAAGGCCUAGUUUAAGCCUUCUAUAAGUGACCCCCCAAAACCUGUAUUUGUACACAAGCUGUGUUAAUUGAUCUUAUUGCCUAAUUGUCUUAUCAGAUCACAAAUCUUGAGUAUUCUGCUGUGCAGUUGUGGAAGUUUUAUUAUAAAAAUGGUCCCUAAAUGGCCCUGAGCCAAUAAACGUAUACACAGGAAAUUGGCCCCUACUGUGACACCAGUACAAUUUGCAGGAGAUGCACAGCAGGGGGUUAUCUAGCCAAACAUUCCUUAAACUAGGCCUUUAAAACUGUGAUCAACUUGUAGUGCCUAAGACUUCUUUAUGUGUUUAUUUAUUGUUUGUUAUUAGACUUGUCAAGCAUUGUAAAUGCAUUGUAAAUGAUUACAACUGCUUAAUGAAUUAAUCUCAUGUUCAUUUAACAAUAUUCUUCUGACAUUCAUACUCGGCAUGAUCAUACACAAUUACAUUGUACACUGUAUUGCUAUGAUGAAAUACGUGUGGCUGUUAUAUGGUGAUAUGGAUACAUAAUGUACAAUUUAAAACAUGCUGAAUAAUUACAAAUAAAAUUAAAUAACCUUGGGCGGUUAUUCACUAG